AUGCCCUCAACCCGCCCACCCUACCAAGCCCUCGACGUAACCAACGCCAACGAAACAGACAUGGAUCCCGGACGCCUGGAAGACAGAAUCACCUCUGAGCCUGAGCACGACACGUCCCAGACACGCAGCGCAGCGGACUUCAUGCAUGGCGCCAUGCUAGGAAACCCAAAUACCUUCCCUGAGGUCGGCAGCGGGCAGUCCCAGCCUAGGGGUACGAAUCGGUCGGAUCAUGAUGCCUUCGCUGCCGUCGAGGGUUACCUGCAAUUGAAACGGCCAACGAAUGAGGCAAGGGAAGGAUUGAACUACCAGGAUUACAUGAACUGGCGUCUCAAUCAUAAUAAUUUCUAG